GGACGAACUUUGGUGUCAGAGUUCCUGACAUUUUUUUUCUCGUGGGUGUGUGGAGUGUUUUUCAGUUAAUUUUGUCACAGGUCUCCAUACGUUCUGCCUCCCCUAACUAUGCGCUGGAAGUUUGAGAUUUUUAUUGCAUUUUUCGUAUUCUGGGCAUUGACGGAGGCGCGCAGACCCCCCGUUUGUGACCUCCCUUGGAAAUCCGGCGCUAGAUGUCGCGGACGGUUAGAAAGAUGGUGGUUUAACCGGGCGACGGAAGUGUGUGAGAGAAAAUAUUACGGAGGAUGCGGAGCCAACGGCAACAACUUCACCUCCAGAAACAAGUGCGCGGUCGUUUGCUCAGAGAAAGUAACGGUUUCCUUGGUGGAGUGCUAUCAGCCCCGGGAGAAGGGUCACGGCGGGGGUUGGCUGAUGAGGUACUAUUAUAACUGGAGGAAACAGAAAUGUCAGCGUUUUGUGUACAAGGGAAAUGGGGGUAACACCAACAGGUUCAGGGACUUGGCGGAAUGCAGGAGACGCUGUGUCUGGUAGAAGGAAAAGGAAAGGUUUAUGUGUUGAAAAAUGAAUAAAUUUGAGUUAAUUACUCUCAAUCGGAA